ACAACAAUAUUAAAAGAGAUUUCUUUUUAUAUCAUAUAAAUUGAAAUGAUGGGAAAAGGAACACCCUUUUCUAAGCUUUAUAUAUAUAUAAUCCAUACAUCUUUGGAAAGAAAAAAAAAAAAAAAAACCCCCAUUUUGAUCGAAGUGAUAAAGUUGGGACAGAGAAAAUGGGUUUUGCGGCGGUGGUGACGGCGGCGGUGUUGGUGACGAUGACGAUGAUGCCGGAGAUGGCAGUGGGGGCAGUUUAUAAGGUUGGAGACGCCGCCGGUUGGACUAUCAUCGGCGGUGUCGACUACAAGCAAUGGGCUGCUACUAAGACUUUCCAGCUCGGCGAUGUCAUCGUGUUUGAGUAUAACCCCAAAUUCCACAACGUAAUGAGAGUGUCGCAUGAGAUGUACAAAUCAUGCAAUGUAUCACGUCCAAUUGAGACACACACUUCCGGCAACGACUCCAUAACAAUUCAAACAAGAGGCCAUCAUUUUUUCCUCUGCGGCGUCCCCGGCCACUGCCAAGCCGGCCAGAAGGUCGAUAUCAACGUCCAACGCCUCACAUCCACCGCUGCGGCCCCUGAGCCCUCUGCCUUGGCCUCCCCAUCUGUCCCUAUUGCCCACACCCCCACAGCACCAGCCCCGAAAGCCGCUGCUUCUCGGGUCGGUGCUGGCUUUGCACUGUUAUGGCUUUUGGGCUUCUCUGUUAUAGCGAUAGGGGUUGUUGCUUAACCAAAGGUUUUGUUUGGUUUUUAUUAUUGGGUAACAGAGACAAUUUUUACAUUUCGAAAGUUUUUUUUUUUUUCUUUUUGAUAGCAGAUUUUUGUAUUUUAUAGUGUCAGAUUGUUAUUGUUGUCUUUCUUUUUAUAUACAUAUGUUUUUCUUAUUUUGAA